AUGGCGCAAAACACGCGAAACGUCGCGAUGCAAUUUUCUUUAAAAAACAAUAUAAAGCGUUCAAACAUCAUCAUUAUCAUCACUUGUUCUUUCGUGAUCGUUUUUACUGCGUUUAAUCAUCUGUAUUUGUCCAUGGGGAGGUAUUGGAAUGUGCGCGUCCUUGAGAGACGAUUUUCCCUUUAA